AUGGUGUUCUUUUUCAGGACUGUUGACAACGGAAUCAAAUUGUCAUCGUUGUUGUCUAUCCACGAUGUCACCGACGUCCAUACUAUGAACAAGAUCACCUCUGACGAGCUCAAUCGUCUGGUCACUCAUGAGGGUUCACCAAAGGCCUCGCAACCACUGGGACACCUGCUCUCCAAAAUAUUCCAGUCUUUCACGGUUCCUCUUCCCGAUGUAUUCAGCCUUAAAAUCCCAUUCGGAAAAAUCCUUUAUCGUAACCAACGCAUCAACGAGAAAUUCAGUGGGACGUCGCCCGAUACUCUUGUGCCACUGUACGAUACUGAAGCAAAGGCUUGGAACUGGGCCCUUCCAGUUGACCCUCCUAAAAAUGCCAGUAGUAGUCGUUCGGGUGCAGACUCAGAGGGCGAGUCAGAGGGUGAUGAUAUGCAGAAAGCAACUCACGAAGAAAUCUUUGCUGCAUUUCUCAAUGCUCUGGCUGGCUGCUUAGCAGCGUUGCAGCCCAAACUAGUAGAAAUGCGCUUUGCAACCAGCACAUGGAGCGCAGCCAGUGCACAGAAGGCAUUACCUGGCAGCGACAUCAAGCGCAAGCCAGAUCUCGUUUUAUCUGACGAUAUAUCGGCAAAGUGGGGGAACAUCAGGGUAUCAGCCGAACUCACUCACAGUCGAUACCGGCCUGCGAUGCGACUCGGGAAGGCUGCAGAUACUCAUGCCUAUAUUAUGAUGAGUGAACAGCCAUGGAGGCGCUUUGCUCUCAUAUUAUCAUUCACAGAUGAAUAUUGCCACCUUAGAGUCCUAAUAAACGCUCCUGCCCGACCAAGUACGACGGACUGUACUGUUGCCGUAUCCACUUCCUCCCUUCCAUUUCCUGAGGAUCCUGAUGGAGUGUCGUCCAGUGAUGCCCUUGAAUCAGUAGUUGCUAGUGACUCUAGUGACUCUGACUCGACGGAAGAAGGUCCGAGUGGUUCCGCUACACAUUACUCAAUGGACGAAGAGCAUUUCCCACCCCCCUCCCUCCCAGUGCACCCCACUGCAACCCGUAGUGCUCCCCUUCUCAGCCUCGCAUCCCAAAUGCCCCAGGCUGAGAUGACCGAGAGCAUCUAUUCUGUCACCCCUCUCUCUUCCCAAUUCCCUUACUCUGCUCAAUCACCUGAACCUUGCAACGAUGAAGACUACAUAAUAAAAGACCAUUGGGUUGUAGGCAAGGAUGACAAUGUAGUCUUGAACAAGAUCAAGAUGCUGGAAUUGAUGGAUGGCCUCCCUGGCAUUCCAAAGCUGGUGGAUCAUUGGGUCGUUGAACAGUCAGAUGGUGAUCCCGAUGUUACCCGAAAAUAUUGGCAGAAAGAACGCCGGAGUACCAGGGGCACUAGUCGUACUCAUGUACAUCUUGUCUUGAAGCCAUGUGGUCGCCCCCUUCACAUGUUCCGAACACUGAAGGAGUUUGUGUGGGCACUAAGGGAUAUCGUUAAGAUUCAACAAGCUGCGGUGGAGGAACAUCAGAUUUUGCAUCGGGACUGUAGUCUCAACAAUGCGAUGAUCCUAGACGAACCUGAAGGUAGUGAAGGGUUUCUUAUUGACUGGGAGUUUGCCGUUUGGAUUGCCUCAGAUCAUAAAUAUCCCAUUGGCAGUACAGGCACAGUCCCUUUCAUGUCACGCGGACUUCUCAAUCAAUAUGCGGUCCUGCAGCAGGAGGCGGACCUGGAAUUGAAGAGGAAGAAGACGGCGAAGAAGAAAGAGACUCGGGGACGCAAUUCAGUCGACAAACCAAAAACCCCGAAAUCAUCCUCUGAUUCUCUGGCGCUACCUGUAUCAUACGUCAUCCAAGGCUAUGUGGAUGACCUGGAGUCCCUUUUUUCGUGUUCGCUUGGGUUUGCAUCAAGUUUUGUGGUCCCAAUGGUAUGGUGCGGGAGCGCUUGCCCAAUUCGUUGGUGGAUCGUUGGACCAGCCUUGACCUGGGAUCGAGAGGAAAAGCGUCUCACAGACCAAUUUCACCCGUACUUCAAGCAGCUGAUCCCCCUUGCAGUAGAGUGGCGUAGAGUUCUGGUGGACAACAUGAUCCACCCCGUUACCUUCGACACCAUUCUCGCUGUACUCAACUCUCAUCUCGACAAACUCCCCGACGACGAGGAGCUUGUAUCUGCUGUGGACAUGCUCAGGAAUGAUGCUGCCAUUCUCACGAAACGUGUUAAGGGCAAACAGAUUGCUUCAGACCCUCCCUCUGUAGUAGCACCCAAGCGGCAGAAGUCUCAUCAUAGUGAUACCAAGUCUGACUCAGCAUUGGGCAGUGACGCAUGA